AUGCGAUAUUUGCCAGUGUUCCGCUUCUCUACUGGCAAGAUAGGAUAUAACGAUUCCUCUGGGGGUAACUGUGGUUAUCACAAUGUUUUAAAGCACCUGAACCUGACCAAAGAAAAUAAUCUGUACUUCAUGGCCCGGCCUGUUAAACACUACAACACGACUACAAAAGUACGCCUCCAAAUGUUGCCAUAUAGCAUCCUAGAUGUGAGGGAGAUUGACCAGACUUUUGUUCCUUAUGUUUGGAUCUAUAUGCGUUGGCAAAAUGAACACAUUAGGUGGAAUCCAGAACAUUUUUGUGGACUUGUUCGUGUAUCAGUUCCUAUUCAAGUGUUGUGGAUCCCAGAUAUCACUAUUGAAGAGAUGACAGAGAUGGAUAAGGCUCCUCCGAGUCCUCAUCUCAGAGUUUAUCAUAAUGGAAUGGUUGUACGUCUGAAUGAUAUGGUGCUGGCCAGCACCUGCAAGAUGCAAGUUUACAAAUUCCCCUUUGAUAUUCAGAGCUGCAACAUAUCUUUCAAGUCUGCCAUAUAUCACGUCAUGGAAAUACAGCUCGAUCAUAUUUUGAACUCUUCAGAGAUCGCAGAGUGGUCAGGCGAGUUGCUGCGGACCCAGUACGAGUGGCUGUUCAUCAGCAUGAAUGUCACCAACAAAAAUGUCAGCACUUUAGGCUUUGAACAAAGCAUGAUUGUUUAUACUAUCACCAUGAAGAGGCGCGCUCUCCUCUACAUUGUCAACUUCAUGCUGCCCGUUCUGUUCUUCUUGGGUCUGGACUUGUCCUCCUUCCUGAUCUCAGACAGAGGGGGCGAGAAGCUCAGCUUCAAGGUCACUGUGCUGCUUGCUGUCACUGUGUUGCAACUUAUUCUGAAUGACAUUCUGCCUUCCACGUCAGACAAGAUUCCACUUAUAGCAACAUACUGUAUUGGGAGUUUUGGUUUGAUGAUGCUCAGCCUCCUGGAGACGAUUUUGGUGAUGCAUCUGAUGGACAAAGACUCUGUAUCCCAGGACAACAAGGCAGACAGAGACCAAAGCCUGAGUGAGGACUGUGGGGACAAACGAAGCAAUGUCAAUUUACACAGCUGUUUGAGAGGUGAGAAGAAACUGACUCACUGUGUGUCUGUCUGUGAUGUGUCUGCUGGAGAAACUCCAUCUGAACUGCUGUCGGUGGCCAAAGAGAGUAGCAGCAGUAAACUGAUGGAGGACUCCCAUGACCCUGAAAAGCUCUCAGAUGAUCUGAGGGAGAUGAUGAAAAUACUGAUUGUGCUCCUCAACAGCAGGAAGGAAGAAGGGAAGCCCGGCUACUGGACCAGAGUCGCUAAAAGAAUCAACAAAGUUUUCUUCAUUCUGUGCGCAAAAUGUGGCCUCUCUUAUUACAGCAGUGGCAGCUCUGAUUCAACGAUCACUUUCAGUGUGAUUAGUUCUACCACACCAGGUGCACCCUCCCCCAGUGUUUAUGAGAGGGAUGUGGCAUUCGCCUUCAGGGAGCUGCUCAAUUGCUGGGACUCCCUUGCCACUGUCUCUAUAGAGAUUGCUUUCAGUGGGUAUUUCUGCCUCGAGCUGCAGAGUCUGGCUCAAUGA